AUGGCGGAUGCGACUGAAAUUGGUCGUAUCGCAACCCCCUCUGACACGUACCUCCCAGAGGACUCGUACUCGGUGACUCGCACGGUGGAUGGCCUUCCCUACUUCCUGUCCAUCACCGACACAGCCGGCCAAGAGGAGUACCGUGGGCUAUGGACCACAUCAACGCUCAAAUCGGAUGCCUUUCUCCUCGUCUACGAUAUCACGAACCCCUCGAGCUUGGCAACGCUGGACUACUUUAUGGACAUGAUCCAAAUGGACGCGGAGCAGCGCGAGGAGGACAACCAGCGACUACGCAAGGAACUCGGUGCUAACGCCGGAGUGGUCGGUUUGGCACCGCCGGUCAAGAUCAUCGCCGGCAACAAAUGCGACCUGAAGGAUGGACGUGCGAUCACAUCGCGGGCUGGGCUGGAAUAUGCGCGCAAGCAUGGAUGCGGGUUCAUGGAAACCAGUGCCCGCGAGAUGGUCAAUAUCGAGGAGACGUUUGCUCUGUUGGUCCGUCGUGUCGUCGAAGCUCGCCGAUUGCAUGAACAAAGCACGUCGGCCCCAGGUCGUCCACCACCCUCGCGCGCCGGACCCUCCACCCACACCACGGCCUUGCCCCCGACGACGACGGACGCCAGCAAGGUACCUAACGAGGGACGGUCUCGACGGAGUCGUCUAUUUGGGUUCGGGAAAGACGCACGGACAUCAGAAACCGGGGGACAGGAACCGACCGAGAAGUCCAAGCAUGCCUCGAAUAUGGAGACGGAGGAUGCAGAGGAGCCUCGGGGCUGCUUGCUCCAGCGGGUGUGCUGUUUUUGCUGUUACUGGUGUUAG